GGCGCUGCCAGCCUGAGCGGGGCUGGAGGAGGGUGGCGAGGGGGAGCUGUGCCCUGGCCAGGCCCUUUGGGGUCCCGGGCUCUCACUGCGGUGUCCUUCCUGCAGGUCUCCGUGCCGCCGGUGCCAGUCCCCAGGGCAGGGGGGCCCGGAGCUGCCAUGACCUGCUGCCAUCUCCCUGGCUCCCUGUGCGACUGCCCGGGAAGCGCUGCCCUCUCCAAGUCGGUGGAGGACUCAGACAUCGGGCGCCCGCAGUACGUCACGCAGGUCACCGCCAAGGACGGACGGCUCCUCUCAACGGUGAUCAAGGCGCUGGGCGCACAGAGUGACGGUCCCAUCUGUCGAAUCUGUCACGAAGGUGGAAAUGGGGAGGGACUGCUUUCCCCGUGUGACUGCACAGGAACACUGGGCACCGUGCACAAGAGCUGCCUGGAAAAAUGGUUAUCCUCCUCCAACACAAGUUACUGUGAGCUCUGCCACACAGAAUUUGUUGUAGAGAGAAGACCAAGACCUUUGACCGAG